CAUUAAAAGGAGUUAAAAGUCAAGAAAAAGUUUUUGCAGAGGAAUUAUUAAUAGAAACAUUAGUUCGAGAAGCUGUAUUAGUAAAUAGAGUUGAGCUAUUCAAGAUCCUAUCUGAUUUUCUAGUACUUAUUAAUAAUGAGAUAAUUAAAGUCAAUUAUGUUACCCAAGUGAAGUCCAAAACAAAAGAUCUAAAUAAACAAUUAUGGCUUUCUCUUGGACAAUGGUUAGGGAUAGAAGAACCACUCACAAGAAGAGAUAUAUAUCAGCAUCUCUGA